CUCAACCCCAACCCAAAUCUAAACAGGUGAGACGUUAACAUGGAUCGAUACAACGACGUGAAACUUCAGCUGAAAAGCUGGGAGCAGGGAUUUGCUAAAGACCACCAGAGGAAACCGAACAAGGAGGACAUUGACCAAGCUCCAGAAGAAACGAGAACGCUGUAUAAAGAAUACCGCAGUUUGAAACAAGCCAAAGAAAACAGCAGCAGUGAUGCAGCCAGCGGGCGUGCUGACCGGGCCAUAUCUACAGCUGGGGACCACGCAGUCCAGAAGGAGGCGGACUGUUGGGGUGCCCAUCUGAACCGCAGUGCACUGCCGACAUCUUCUCCCAGGCUGACACCUGAGGAAAGAGACGGUCUUCAGGCUUCUGCCCAGUACUAUGGCAUGAAGCUUAAAAGCAACCUGGCGACACUCAGUAAGGAGAGACCUCUCUCACUGAAGAAAUGUGGCCGGGUGCCUCUAAACUCCUUGAAAGAAAGACAAGCUGGACAGUCGAACGGCCCUGUGGCUGCCAAGAUCACUUCCUCCCAGCCCAAAAGCAGCCCUUUCACACCGAGAAGGUUUAACACUGGCUCGGGGUCCUUAGUUUUAAAGACACCCCAGAAAGAGGAGCCUGAAGAACCUUUGGAACCAUUUGAGCCUCUCAGAGAUUCUUGUGAAGAACCUGCAAGUGCUGCCAGUAGUUGUCAUCGUACUGGUAAUAUCAGUAUUAAUACGAGUAAAGUUACCAGUUCACAAAAUCAACAUGUCUCUGGUCCAGCUCCCUCUCCAGCCAGACCUUCUGCCUUGUUGUUGUCCUCGCUAUCUUCUCCACGUAGUGUAGGAAGGUCGACAGGAUCCAAUGAAAUGGCAAGAACUUCAGGGGACAAAAAAGAAAAUGUUGAAACUUUAGGGACGCCACUUAAGGAUGCUGCUGAGCCAGGGGUUGGAGCUUUGAUUAGCUUGAGAGGAAGCCUUCGGGUUCGCGGAGGUUUCAGAGGAGGAAAGGGAGGCAGGAGCGUCGGAGGACGUUUCUCUCCUGCCAGCAGACUGAGUUCCGUGGACAGGAAGUGGCUAGAGAGGUGUCAGGUGUUCGGCGAGAUGGGGGCUGAGGAGCCCGGAGCAGGCAACCAGGAGAUAGAGCUAGAGGGAGGAGGUGAGGGAGGAAGGGGAGGAGAAGCUGAAGGGAAAAUACAAAUAGAUGAAAGAGUGGGAAAAGAAGAAGCGGAUGCAGAGGGAGGAAGAAGAGAGGCAAUAGACGAAGGGUUUAAGAGCAUCACAAGUGAAAAAACAGUCAGUGAUAGUUCACCGAAAUCCUCUCGACAACACACUGGGAAAAACAGAGGAGGAGGGGAAGACAAGUCAAAAAGUAAGGGAGGGGAGGAGAUGGAAAGAGGAUUGACGCCACCUUUAGCGGCAGAAGACGACGAUAAAACUAGCUGUAGAUCCAAAGAUGCAAAGAAGAGAGGGAGGAAAAGGCCGAGAGAGGGAGAGAACGUGGAAGGAGAGAAGUCAGAGGAGGGAGGAGUGAAGAAGAGGCGUAAGAAUGGCAAAAAGAAAGAGGAGAGCUCGGAUGUAAACCCCAGCUCAGUUCAAGUAGCAGGGAAGAAAAGGAGAGCCAAGAAAAAGGGAGACGAAGAUGAAGAAGCGGAAGAAAAGAAAGAAAGCGUGGAACCCAAAAAGGUUCCUCAGGAGAACUUGUUAGGAGAAAUAGAGGAGGAUUUUGCAGCCAGGAGAAUGCUCCGGAACCAGCCGGUCAGAGCCAGCAGAAACAAAGGCUUAGAGGGGAACUUUGUGAAGAUCAAUCUGAAGAAUAAAUCUCACGUCAAAGGAUACGCCCUCAGAGGUGCAGGUCUGCGGAAACAGAUGUACAUGCAGAAGUUCCAGCUGAAGGGCGAACGCUUUGGUGGAGCUGGAGGAUUUUCUGGCAGAGGAAGGCGGGGCGGAUUCAGAGGGGGGUUCAACCGACAAGGAGACACCUGCUACAAGUGUGGAGGGACCGGACACUGGGCCUUCGACUGCAAGGGACCAGCCCCUCCACCUCCUCUUCCCGAGGACCAGCCUGCUGAGGAGGAGCCGUUUGAACUGCCCACCCUGGAAGAGGUUGCCAGGGCAACAGGCACACUGCAACCACAGCCACUGGGGGCGUCUCCCAGUAUCUCAGAGGAGCAGCAGCUGAAAGAGAAGGAGGGGGACAGUAGCCGCAAAGACGAGGUGUUGCUGAACGUGAUCCGCCCCGACUACGAGCGUCCCGAUGCGCCGCCACCAGUGGAGCCACUUUAUCCUCUCAGAGACGAUGGGAAAGUCCAGGAAACGCCUGCUGAGGUUCACGCAGCUCUGAGAGACAUCGGCUAUCAGUCAUUUCGACCAGGACAAGAGGAAGCCAUCAUGAGGAUCCUGUCGGGUCAGUCGACCCUCGUGGUGUUGUCAACGGGGAUGGGGAAGUCGUUGUGCUAUCAGCUCCCAGCCUACCUGUACGCUAAGAGAUCCAAAAGCAUCACUUUGGUCAUUUCACCUCUAGUCUCACUAAUGGAUGACCAGCUGACUGGCUUGCCAGACAAUCUGAAGGCAGCCUGUAUCCACUCCAACAUGACGAUGAAACAGAGAGAAGCUGCGAUAGAGAAGGUGAAGUCGGGCCAGGUGUGUCUGCUGCUCCUCUCUCCAGAGGCGCUGGUUGGUGGAGGCCGUUCAGGUUUGGGGUGUCUGCCCUCGGCUCAGGAGCUCCCCCCGGUGGCCUUCGCCUGUAUAGACGAAGCUCAUUGUGUCUCCGAGUGGUCUCACAACUUCAGACCCUGCUACCUGAGACUCUGUAAGGUACUGAGGGAGCGGUUGGGAGUGCGGUGCUUGCUGGGACUCACAGCCACGGCCACGCUGUCCACCGCUCUGGACAUCGCACGGCAUCUGGACAUCACCGAUGAAGACGGCAUCGCAGUCCGCUCUGCAGCGGUGCCUCCCAACCUGCACCUGUCCGUGUCCAUGGACAGAGAAAAAGAUCAGGCUUUAGUGUCCUUGUUGAAGGGCGAUCGGUUCGGUUGCCUGGACUCCAUCAUCGUCUACUGCACCAGAAGAGAGGAGACGACUCGCAUGGCGGCGCUGCUCAGGACCUGCCUGAACUGCGUGCUGGUGAAAGAAAACAAACAGACCAGCAGUCAGGUGCAGCACAACCCUGCAGCACAGAGGAAGAAAGACCUCGCGAGGAAGAAGUUACGUAAACCGCUGAAGUGGCAGGCGGAGUCGUACCACGCCGGCUUGUCCGCGUCCGAGCGCCGACGCGUCCAGAACAACUUCAUGUGCGGGGAGCUCCGAAUCGUGGUGGCCACUGUGGCGUUUGGCAUGGGCCUCGAUAAAUCGGACGUCCGCGGUAUCAUCCACUAUAACAUGCCCAAGAGCUUUGAGAGCUACGUUCAGGAGAUUGGAAGAGCAGGGAGAGACGGGGAUCCAGCACACUGUCACCUCUUCCUGGACUCUGAGGGUGGGGACCUCCAUGAGCUCCGCCGUCAUAUCUACUCGGACACGGUGGACUACUACACAGUAAAGAAGCUGGUGCAGAAAGUUUUUCCAUCAUGCAAAUGUAAACAGAUUCACCAGAAACAACAGGAGCUUGCAAUGGACAUCGCAGAUUCCGAGCUGAUGGAGAUGAUGGAGGCGUGUGAACAGGAGAGCAGCCUGAACCCUCCCACUGAGCCGCUCACUGUGCACACAGACACACCAGAACCGUCGCCUGCACAGGAUCCGUCGCCUAGCGACGCAGCGGGACAGCCCCUCCACGACGGUAGAGAUGAAGGAGAGGAAAAGGAGGAGAAGAAAGAGGAGCAGACGGCUGAACAGGAAGCUGAGGCGAAAGCGGCUGGCGAUUGGCGAAGGGAGCAGGAACUUGAAAGCAGCGAUUGGCCCAGAGAGCGGGUGUGUCUCACGCACGAGAGAGCGAUUCCCAUCCAAGAAACUGUGGAGGCUCUGGACAUCAGGGAGGAAGGUGUGGAAACGCUGCUCUGCUACCUGGAGCUGCACGCCCAGCGCUUCGUCGAACUUCUCCACCCGACGCUUUCCGUGUGUAAAGUCAGCUGCUAUGGCGGACCGAGGCAGCUCCAGAAAAUCACUAAAAUCUGCCCUCCGAUUGCCGUGGUGUUGGCCAGGAGGCGGAUGGCGGGCGAGCGGGUGGAGACCUUCGAUGAGCUGGAGUUUGAUGUGGUCGAGGUUGCGGACACUAUGGGAUGGCAGCUUCCUCUGGUGAAGAGAGGAGUCAGGCAGCUGCAGUGGAGCAGUGUCGGCGGGCGUAGCGGCAUCCAGGUUGAGCUCUCCUCCUUAUCGUUCUACUUCCGUUCCUAUGGCGACCUCAGCGAUGAGGAGAUGGACAAAGUUUGCCGGUUUCUUCAUAAUCGAGUGCAGAACCAAGAGAGGAUGCAGCUCUACCAGCUGACCGCCUGCUUCAAGGCCUUCAAGAGCGUCUCCUUCCAGAGCACGUCGUCCUGUCUCGAGGAUCUGGACGAGAGUCGCAGCCUCCAGCUGAAAGAGCUCCUCGCCGAGUACUUCGACAAGAGGCGCGACCGAGGCCUCACGCUCGCUCCGGUGGACAUCGAGGAGCCGGACAAGUACAAGUUUCUGGACUGGGAGAAUCAGAUCAGAGCGGACAUCAGGAGCUUUCUCUCCAACCGAAGCGACGAGAAGUUUUCUGGGAGAGCCGUCGCGAGAAUCUUCCACGGCAUAGCCAGUCCUUGUUAUCCGGCUCAAACCUACGGCAGGGACAGACGCUACUGGAGGAAGUACAUCCAGUUUGACUUCAACCGGCUCAUCAAAGUGGCCACUCAGGAGAUCAUCCGCUUCAAGUGAGCCACCGACUGCUCACCGACUGCUCACCGACUGCUCACCGACUGCUCACCGACUGCUCACGGCUCUCUCACUCUUCGCUCUGGUUUCGAUGGAUUUGGCCUGAAACACUUCUCAUAUCACUUUUAGUCAAACCGUGUUGAAUUAUUUAAUCUGUGCUGUUUUCUACAAUGUUAAGUGUUUAUACAUGUAAAUACAAAAAAUAUACUUUAAGAGUAAUUAAAUAAACGUGUUCUGUUUUCCUAGA